UGUAGUCUGUUCAGUCUCCAGUUAGGGGAAGAUCUGGGGCCGUGGACUACCACUCCCGAGAGGUAGUGCGCAGUCCCACCCCAUAAGCGGCGUCUUCGAACGCGCCGCGGCAGCCAUGUUGAUCGUGGCUAGCACAGGGGCCGGCACCAGGGGAUUAUAGAAGCAGGUGUCAUGAUGUUGUCCGCGGUGAUGAGGAGAACCGCGCCGGCACCGCGGCUCUUCCUAGGGCUGCUCAAGUCUCCCUCGCUCCAAAGCCGGGGAAGCGCUCACGGCCGGAGCGCUACCGUCGGAGACCGCGGAGAGCCGCAGCGGCUGAGAGCUGCCGCCUGGGUGCGCCCUGGAGCAUCGUGUGUCGUGGUCCCUGGACGGGGGGCAGCCACCGGGGGGCGCCGCGGAGAACGCACCGAGAUCUCAUGCCUCGCUGUUGCCUCGGGGGGACGCGGCCCUAGCCCCGAAGAAACACUCCCGGGACAGGACAGCUGGGACAGCUGGAAUGGGGUCCCCAACAAGGCAGGACUGGGCAUGUGGGCCUUGGCCACGGCGCUGGUGGUUCAUUGCUACAGCAAGAGUCCUUCCAACAAGGAUGCAGCUCUGAUGGAAGCUGCCCGUGCCAACAAUGUGCAGGAAGUCCGAAGGCUGUUGUCAGAAGGUGCAGAUGUCAACGCCAGGCACAAACUUGGCUGGACAGCAUUGAUGGUGGCAGCCAUCAGCAGAAAUGACAGUGUGGUGCAGGUCCUGCUUGCUGCUGGGGCUGACCCAAACCUUGGGGAUGACUUCAGCAGUGUCUACAAGACUGCUAAAGAACAGGGAAUCCAUUCUCUGGAAGAUGGGGGACAAGACUGUGCAAGCUGGCGCAUCACAAACCAGUGGACAAGUGUCCUGGAGUUCAAGAGAUGGCUAGGAGUCCCCACUGGCGUCCUAGUCACUCGAGAGGAUGACUUCAACAACCGGCUAAACAACCGUGCUAGUUUCAAGGGUUGCACAGCCCUGCACUAUGCUGUCCUGGCCGACGACUACCGAAUCGUCAAGGAGCUUCUGGAUGGAGAGGCCAAGGUUCGAGUUCCAACACCACGUGCUGACUCACAACAAUCUACAACUCCAUUUCCAGAGGAAAAUGCUUCACGGGCACCAGGAGCCAACCCUCUUCAGAGGAAUGAGAUGGGACACACACCUGUGGAUUAUGCCCGGGAAGGGGAAGUUAUGAAGCUUCUGAAAACUUCCGAGACCAAGUACAUGGAAAAGCAGAGGAAGCGUGAAGCAGAAGAGCGGCGCCGCUUCCCACUGGAGCAGCGACUGAAGGAACACAUCAUUGGCCAGGAGAGUGCCAUUGCCACCGUGGGUGCUGCGAUCCGGAGGAAGGAGAAUGGCUGGUACGAUGAGGAGCACCCUCUGGUCUUCCUCUUCUUGGGAUCAUCUGGAAUAGGGAAAACUGAGCUGGCCAAGCAGACUGCCAAGUAUAUGCACAAAGAUGCCAAAAAGGGCUUCAUUCGGCUCGACAUGUCUGAGUUCCAGGAGCGACAUGAGGUAGCCAAGUUUAUUGGGUCUCCACCAGGCUACAUCGGCCAUGAAGAGGGUGGCCAGCUGACCAAGAAGCUAAAGCAGUGCCCCAAUGCAGUAGUCCUCUUUGAUGAAGUGGACAAGGCCCAUCCAGAUGUGCUCACCAUCAUGCUGCAGCUGUUUGAUGAGGGCCGCCUGACGGAUGGCAAGGGGAAGACGAUUGACUGCAAAGAUGCCAUCUUCAUCAUGACUUCCAAUGUAGCCAGCGAUGAGAUUGCCCAGCAUGCACUGCAGCUGAGGCAGGAAGCUUUGGAGAUGAGCCGAAAUCGAAUUGCUGAAAACCUUGGGGACGUCCAAAUUAGUGACAAGAUCACCAUCUCAAAGAACUUUAAGGAGAAUGUGAUCCGCCCCAUCCUGAAAGCUCACUUCCGGAGAGAUGAAUUUCUGGGACGGAUCAAUGAGAUUGUCUACUUCCUCCCUUUUUGCCACUCAGAGCUCAUCCAACUGGUCAACAAGGAACUGAACUUCUGGGCCAAGAGAGCCAAGCAGAGGCACAACAUCACACUGCUGUGGGACCGCGAGGUAGCAGAUGUGUUGGUUGAUGGCUACAAUGUCCACUAUGGUGCCCGCUCCAUCAAGCAUGAGGUAGAACGCCGUGUGGUAAACCAGCUGGCAGCAGCCUAUGAGCAGGACCUACUACCAGGGGGCUGCACCCUGCGCAUCACUGUGGAGGACUCAGACAAGCACCUCCUCAAGAGCCCCAAGCUGCCCUCGCCUGAGGCUGAGAAGCGUCCACCCACACUGCGUCUGGAGAUCAUUGAUAAGGACAGCAAGACCCGCAAACUGGACAUCCGAGCACCACUGCACCCCGAGAAGGUGUGCUAUACCAUCUAGCAUCCACCUGCCUGUAUGUACCCUGAACAUCUAAUAAAGGCCCCUUGCUGUGGCAUGGCAGCUGA